AUUGUAUGUUAACGUAUACUUCAACCUCAGCUAAUAUUUGAAAAUGGACAGCAAAAAUUUCCCGGCCCUGAAAAAUGACCGGAUUUUGAAGGCUGCCAGAGGCGAACCAGUUGAUCGUGUUCCAGUGUGGAUUAUGCGACAGGCUGGCAGGUAUCUUCCAGAGUUCCGGGAGUUCAGGAAAGAACACGAAUUCUUCGAAAUCUGCCAGACACCGGAGUAUGCUUGUGAAAUAACGUUACAACCCAUUAGAAGAUUUGACUAUGACGCUAGUAUAAUUUUCUCGGAUAUUUUAGUCAUACCUCAAGCUAUGGGAAUGGAAGUUAAAAUGGAGCCAGGAAAAGGACCGACUUUUACCUCUCCUUUGAUUGACAGCAAAGACCUGGAUAAACUGAACAUGGAUCCCAUAGCUAUAGCCGACUAUUUGAAGUAUGUAUACGAUGCCAUUACUUUGACUCGACAUAAACUGGAGGGAAAGGUUCCACUGAUUGGAUUUGCAGGUGCCCCGUGGACUCUGAUGUCUUAUAUGAUAGAAGGAGGCGGAUCGACAACUCAGUCGAAGGCUAAAAAGUGGCUCUAUACAGACGUGGAGGGAUCCCAUAAGCUUCUAGAUGCUCUAACUGAAGGUAUUGUAGAAUAUCUUUAUCGUCAAGUCGUAGCAGGCGCUCAGCUUCUGCAAGUGUUCGAAUCUCAUGCUGGCGUGUUGAACGAAUACUUAUUUAAACAAUUUUCUCUUCCAUAUUUGGCCAAAAUAGCUAGCGGAGUUAAAGCUAAAUUGGAAGCUAACAGUAUAAGUAGUGUGCCCAUGAUCGUGUUUGCAAAAGACGGUCAUUUUGCGAUUCCCUUUUUGAAUGAUACGCCGUAUGACAUUGUGAGUCUAGAUUGGACUCAAGAUCCAUUGAAGUGUAGGGAAAUGUUGCCAGAUAAAACUCUCCAAGGGAACUUGGAUCCCUGCGCGUUGUACAGCAGCAAAGAAGACUUGGAAAAAUUGGCAAAAAGUAUGAUUGAAAAGUUUGGGAAGACAAAAUAUAUUUGCAAUCUUGGCCAUGGAAUUUAUCCUGAUAUGGAUCCAGAACACGUGAAGUGGUUUAUUGACUUCAUUCACAGUUGUUGAAAUGUUUGGCUGGUUUGAUUGAUAAUAAAUAGGAUCUAUUGAUUCAAAAUUAGUAUGAAAAACUUUGUAUUGAGAUUGAUCUGAGAAAUUAAAAUAUU